AUGGCCGCCAGCCAUGGCAUCCCGCGCCAGAGUGUCCAGGCGAUAGAAAACACCGAACAAGUCCAGAAAAACAUCCAGAUAUACCGCGACCUAGAAACUGCUGUGCAUGAAAAGAUCGCUGAACGCAAAUAUACAAAUGACACACUGGAGCAAGUAUCCGAGCUUCUGAGAAAGAAUCCCGAGUACUAUACCAUAUGGAACUAUCGGCGACUUAUACGACAGCAUGACUUUGUUGAAGCUGGGUCUGAGGCUGAUCAAAUUGUGCUUAUAAUCAAAUUCGACUUGGAUUUUCUCUUUCCACUGCUGCGCUCGUUUCCUAAAUGCUAUUGGAUCUGGAACUACCGGCUCUGGAUAUUAAAUGAAGCCAAGAGGCUGCUGCCUCAGCAGACAGCUCGCGAGUUCUGGCAGAGAGAGCUGGCGCUGGUGGGCAAGAUGCUGCACGCGGACAGCCGCAACUUUCACGGCUGGGGCUAUAGGGCUUUCGUGAUAGAGGCGUUGGAGGACCUGGCUGAUGGCGAUGACAAGAAGAGCAUGGCACAGGCAGAAAUAGAAUAUACGACUAAGAUGAUUGGGGCAAACCUUUCAAAUUUCUCUGCAUGGCAUUACCGAACCAAACUGAUUCAAAAGCAUCUUGACGAAAAGAAAGCAACUGAUCAAGAGCGGAGACAGGUAUUGGAACAAGAGUUAGAACUGGCUCACAAAGCUCUCAUUGACCCGUACGACCAGUCGCUCUGGUUUUACCAUCAGAAUUUGAUGUGUGUGUUCGAUCCGUCGCUUGCAGCGCGUACUAUGGCGCCCAACCUAUCGAGUUCGGAGCGGUUGAAAUAUGUGCAGGAACAGAAGGAGUUAAUCAGCGACAUGCUCGAAGACUCCACGGACUGUAAAUGGAUCUAUCAGGCCUUGGUGGACUGCAAUCUACUGGUUGCGAAGAUUGAAGGAUCCAUGUCUGCCCGGGAACGACUCGAGGUGCUGGACUGGCUGAAGUCCUUGGUCAAAUUGGAUCCUCUGAGAAAGGGGCACUGGGUGGACAUCGAGAAGUCUGUAAAUGGGUGA